UCCCUGUAGUCACCAUCUUUCUAUUUUCAUCUCUGGUAUUCACUGUCAUGACGAGCCUGGCUCCUACCAUCUUCGGCACAUUCGAAGCUUAAGUUUAUUUUACUCCUGUCCUUGUUUCAGACUGCCUGCACAGAUCGCGCCUGGAGUGAAUUGUGCAACGCGGCCGUACUGCUCAUCUACCUAGGGCUCUCUUUACCAUCAUGUUUCUUCAUCGCCUGUUGGUCGCGGGUCUUGUCUUCAUUUCUGCCAGCAGCGCUGCAACCGCCCCAGGAGACCCCGUCGCCGCUCCUACUCCCGUCGCCAAAUCGCACGAAGUCCAUCUCCCGGGCACCCAUAACAGUUUCACAGCCAAUGUGCCUUCCAAGAGGCACUGCACGCACGGAGAUUCGGGUUGUGGCUCGACUUAUCUGACUUUUCAUUUCUCCGUCAGUAAUGAUUCGUUGUUUGCCAAUGAUGACCGAAUUUUCCCGCCGUCCUCUCCGAUGCAGCUGCAAGCUCUCCGGAGAUGGACCACCGAUGACAGGGAGGAGCGUGUCCUUCUCACCUACGGACUUGAUGUCCGCCCAGCUGCGGUUGGCGAUGGUGAUGUGGGGCCCAGGAACGAUAGAUUGAUCGUGCACGUGGAGUUUUUUGACGAGGAUUCUUCUCGGGCCAGUCCUAAUUUCAUGAGAAUUGAUCUGGAUAGGGAUCCCGAGGAAGGGUUGAUCCUCUCUAAGAUCACCGUUCGGCCCAUCUCCAGCCAGGAUGAAGAGGAGAGCCGAGGUAACUAUUCCUGGGAGGUGAAAUAUUGGCGGACCCAAGGCAACUCCAAACCCGGAGCCGAGUCCGCUGAAUGCUCCUCCGAUUCGGAUCGCCGCGGCGGACAUUGUCACCGUCGCCAGGGUUUGGGUGAAGAGAAAUCGUCGUCGUUGCAUAACCCGGCAUAUUCAUCGGAUCACCACCUUUACAUUCCCCCAGAGGAACCACCGAAACGGUACCGGUUGACGCAUCCCCAUGACGGUUGGAUACAACGACAGAGACUCUUGGAUCUUAUGGGACCGGGCUUGGAGCCGUCCGUUCUGGGAGUGAUGGGCGUGAUGGCUGGCUUUCUCCUCGCCGUCGUCGGACGGACUACCGUCUCUCGCCGUACGCGUCAUGCAAUGGAGAAUGAGACAUCGGGCGCGUCCGCACUGUCAAAUUUCGAGUUGAGUUCGAAAUCCAUCGCUGCCACUGAGGAAGGACGAUGUCAAGGGUCUCUGGGAGAUCCCCCGGGCCAAUCAACGUCAAGUCCAAGAGACGACAACAAGGAAUAGACGUUAGAAGGGCGACAUGCAGGGGAAAUGUUAUAUAAGAGCCAUCAGCAGUGGAGUGUAUAAUCAGAUUCCAGAAGCGGCAGGCUGACUCAUGUUUAUG